AUGUCAAUUGAAAAAAAUGACGAAGAUUUAUUUACACUUGUUUGGCUGGGAGAUUCAUGUGGUGAGAUACAAUUUGGAAUGAAGAAGUUUAUAAAUAAAUUCACAAAUUUGAAUGCAUUAAAAGAGUAUAUUAUCGAUAAACCAAAUUCUUCAAUAAUUGUUAUUAUCUCGGAUAGUAUUCCAUUUGAUGGUACAUCUUUCGUUGAUUCACCCCAGAUCUGUGCGGUUUAUAAUGAAAAGCUUGUGUGUUUAUACUCUUUAUCGGAAAUGUUUUCAACUGCUGAUAAAUAUUUGAAGAAUCAACAGGAGGAAACAAAAAAGACAUCAGAUCAAUCAUGUAUAUCUAAAAUAUUGUCGAUUGCUCGAAAAUACUGGUUUCUUGUUGGCUUGGCUUUUUCAAUUUGUAUGGCAUAUAUUUUUCCAAAUCUAGGCAAAACAGGUGGCUAUAUUCGUUCUGAAUGGACUGUUAAAUAUGGCUGCGUGAUAUUAGUAUUCUUUCUUAGCGGUUUAUCUCUGCGAACUAGGCAACUUGCGAAAGAAAUUCUUCAUAUUCGUCUUCAUAUUCUUAUUCAAAUCUAUAGCCUGAUAGUGAUUCCAGUUUUAGUUUAUUAUUUAACAUUAUUUUUAUCAAAUACGUCGAUGAACAAAACAUUGCUGUUUGGUAUGAUUAUAAUGGCGUCAACGUCUACAACAAUUUCUAGCAAUGUUAUUAUGACUAAAAAUGCUUUGGGCAAUGAAUAUGCUGCAUUAUUAAAUGCAAUACUGGGCAAUAUUUUAGGUAUUUUUCUUUCGCCAGCUAUGAUACUAUUUUUUAUGAAAAAUUCAAUGUUUGAUUACUUAUCAAAUACGAAUAAUGAAAAGCAAAAAUUAGAUUAUGGUCAUGUUAUUAAAAAUUUAACUUUAACUGUUUUACUUCCUCUAUUUAUUGGACAAAUAAUUCAUUUACUAUGGGCCAAAAAAAUAAUGGAUAUACGAGAAAAAUUUCAUUUUUCUGAAUUGAGUAGUUUAGCUUUAUUAACACUUGUAUGGUCCGUAUUUUGUACUUGUUUUUCUACGGGAUCGUUUAAAACGAUAGGCACACAAGAUCUUAUAAUUUUAAUGCUCAUUGAUCUUGUUAUAUAUUUAUUUUUUUCAUCAUUUAUUUUUAUUCUAACCAGAUUACCUAUUCCUUAUUGGCAAUUUUCUGAAAAAGACUCUAUAGCAAUUAUGUUUUGUAGUGCAAGUAAAACGUUAGCUAUGGGGAUCUCAGUCAUCAAUGCUUUAUAUGGUAACACAAAUCAAGCUCUUACUGGUUUACUCUCACUACCAUUGAUUAUGUAUCAUGCUGAACAAUUAAUAAUCGGUGCUAUUCAAGUUGUUUUAUUGAAAAAUUGGAUUAAAAAUAAAUUAAAAGAUAAUACGAAUAUUCAAUCUACUAAUGAAAAUGAAGUUAAAACUGACGAACUACAAAUUAUAAAUGUUGAACCUUAA